AGACGUUGCACUGACCAGCCGCCCCGCGGACCCAACCUGAUCCGCUUUCCCUUUAAUGUCAAUUGAUGCCAAUGCAAGUAUGGCGGAAUUUGGCGAUACGAACUCGCACGAGAUGACAGAGAAUCAUGUCGGUAAGCGGUGCAAUAAUCAGUGGGUGCGACUGAACGUGGGCGGAACGUACUUCCUGACAGCGAAGACCACCCUGGCGAGAGAUCCGAAUUCGUUUCUCUACCGAUUGUGUCAGGAGGACUCGGACCUUAUUUCGGACAGGGAUGAAACGGGAGCGUACCUGAUAGAUCGCGACCCCAUGUACUUCAGUCCAAUCUUGAACUAUCUACGCCAUGGUAAAUUGGUUAUCAACAAGGAUUUAACGGAGGAAGGUGUGCUGGAGGAGGCAGAGUUUUACAAUAUCACUGAACUGAUUCGGCUAGUCAAAGAAAGAAUCAUUCUGAGGGACACUCGACCACAGAGGGAUUCCAAGAAGCACGUCUAUAGAGUUAUCCAAUGUCAUGAGGACGAGCUGACACAGAUGGUGUCCACAAUGUCGGAUGGAUGGAGAUUUGAACAGCUAAUCAACAUAGGUUCUCAAUAUAACUAUGGCAAUGAUGAUCACGCGGAAUUUUUGUGUGUGGUAAGCAGAGAAUAUGGACCUAGUCAGCUCAGUAGUAAAGAAGAGGAAUCUACGGAUCGCGUCAAGGUUUUGCAGCAGAAGGGUUCACGUAUGUAAUGUCUAGAUCCGUCCUUGUUUUUCCUUGCCUCCUUUAGUUUGAUCAGCUGCGCUGCA